AUGCUCCGGCUCGUCCGGACUCCUGCUAUUCAGAAUAUCACAUCAAGAACAACGACAAUACCGAGCCGCAAGAUUUCUUCCAACUUUAGACAGCGAUCCGUCGUCUCCUCGUUCAUCUGCACCUCGCCCCAGUCCUCGAGCGGCCUGACCUUCGCUCUCUUCAAACGCAGUCAAGAUGUCGCUACAUACCGAGGUAAGUGGGCAGUCUGCUCCGGCUCCAUCGAAAGUACAGACGCCAGCCCCCUCGCCGCAGCGAAGCGCGAGAUAUUCGAAGAGACCAAGCUCUCCUCUUCCGACAUCUCCCUGCUGAUCCGUGGAAAACCGUUCAGCCUCAAAGACGAGGCGCUGAGGACAGAGUGGACCAUCCACCCAUUCGCAUUCCAGCUGAGAAAAGGCGCCAAGCAGAUCUCAUUCGAUUGGGAGCACAGCGAAUUCAGGUUUGUGAAGCCAGGUGAUCUGGGCAACUAUGAGCACGUGCCGCAACUCGAAAUCGGCAUGAAGAGAGUCAUAGUGAGCCCGGAGACGCAACAGGCACUUGGCAUCUUGCGGGGCGACGACGUGAGUGGAGCUCAGGCUCUUGCUUUGAAAUCUUUAAAGCUGCUCCUUGAGAUGGUGAGGGGGCGAGAGUUGGGCGCUAUGGAGACUUCAAGGGGGUUCUGGACGGAGUUGAGAUGGAGAGCGUGGCAUCUUGCGAAGAAUGGGAGACCUGCGAUGGCCCCGGCGAUUGAGGCCAAGCUCUUCAAGUCCCUCGAUGCUGUACAUCGGGAACUAAUUGUUCCAGGCUCGGGGGGUAUUGAUGGUACCCCGCUAGUCAAACUGAAAAGUGUUGUCGAGUCAGUCAUCAAAUACAACAUCGGAGAUUCGCAUAGCCGCUCCGCUCUGCUGGCUCAAGCAUUCGUCCAGUAUGUGAAAGACAACAACCAGGACAUCUCUGACGCUGGAAACCUCCCAAAAACCAUGAAAUUCGUCACCUUGUCGGAUUCCGGGACCGUCAUGCAGUGUCUGGUCUCAUUGAUCGAGGAUCUGACUCGCAGGGGCACGAAAACCCACGUGACCGUCUUGGAAUCACGACCGGAUUUCGAAGGCGUGGCUUUCGUUAACAGGCUAUUGGAAACACUCCAAGAGGUCUCAGAAGCGAAGAAGAUGGUCAGCUUCUCCAUCAUACCGGAUGCGAGCGUCGCCUCCGCUGUUGCGGAUGCAGAUUACGUCGUAUUUGGCGGCGACGAAGUACUCCCCAACGGAGACGUCAGUAACAAGGCUGGCAGCUGCGCUGCUGCUGUUCUCGCCAAAGUGCUGCGCCCCAACUGUAGAGUCGUCGCCCUGUUCAAUACGGAGAAGAUCACGGGGUCGCGGCUGGCCAUGGACAAGGAGAGAGAGCGCAGCGACGAGAACGAGGUGAUCUGUGCCUGGCCCGUAACCUAUCCCGGCCAGUCGAUAGAGGAGAUGAGGACGAAAGGAUUCGAGAUUGAUGUUCGGAAUGAGUACUUUGAGUGGGUGCCCACCAGGUUCAUCGACCGGCAUAUUACGGAGCGGGGGCUGUGCUCACCUGAUGCUAUCGCGACGCUUGGGGCAGAGUCGGAAGCGAUGGAGAAGAGAAUCUUUGGGGACUUACUAGGAGGUACGUUUCAAAGCAGUCCGAAUCGAAAGAAUCCGAUCCGGAAGGCUCCAAAUUCCGUUGGAGAGAGUUUGUUGAUAGAAAGGGUAAGCAGGGCUGAAUUGGAUCGCCAUUUCCACAAAGGCCACGGUGAACAACACAAUUCACUGCUUGGCAUUCUUCCCAUUGACCACUCCUGGAGGUCUCCAGAACUCGAUGGUCCCGAAGCCACCUUCGGCACAGUUCCUGGAGUUUCAGGCUCUGUAUUUGUCCGGGCAGACGAAGUUGACGAUGUCGUCCUGGCCGAGAUCCUCGAUGUGCUCGCAAACGGCAUGGAAUCUCUGCUCUGCAGUGGUCUGAACUCACCUGGAAUCGGCGAUGGUGAUCGGGGAAACAAUCUCGAUGGGAUGGAAGCCAUCAAACAGUAUGCUUCUUGGAAAGCGAUCCCGAAAACACUGCAUUCCACUUCGAAGUCUCGGGUCGCCCUCCAUCGGUCGGGUCGUAGACAUUCAACGAAGAUUGAAGAAUUCCAUGGUCCUAAGACCAAGUCGACAGCUACUGUAAGGUCGGAAUUGAAGAAGGGCGGUGAGACAGAUGUUGAUGGUGUUGAAGAAAGAGAAGAGAAGAGGAGAGAAGACAACGACGAAGCCCCCAUUAUAUACCUAUACACUUCCAAGCGAGUCUGA